AUGAAAGUACUUCCCCACUAUAGAAAAGUCUAUUUAAACAUUCAAAAAAAGAAAAAGACUAGAAAAAAAGAAAUGGGAAAUACACACAGUUCACCAACAAAUCGUUCCAUACUUCAAAUAAAAUAUCAAAGUAUUGAACAACUUGAGAAUGAGCUGAACCAAAAAGAUAUUAAAGGUGUAACUGUAUUUAUUGGAAUUGACUAUACGUCGAGCAAUGUUGAAUCGGGAAAAAGAACUUAUGGAGGAAAAAAUCUUCAUUUGAUAAGUGAAGGAUUAAAUCCAUAUCAAGAAGUGAUUUCUAUCAUUUCAAAAUAUUUCAAAAAGUAUACUAAAGAGAUUUAUUUGUACUCAUUCGGUGAUUCUAUAUCACGAGGGACCUCAACAUGUAAUAUGAACCAGAAAGGUGAAUCAUUCCAGACUUAUGAAGAAGUUCUAGAAACAUACAAAAUUACAACUCCUUUAGUUACAUUAUCUGGACCAACUAACAUCUCGCCAUUUAAUUGA